GUGUGUGUGUGUAUAUAUAUAUAUAUAUCCAUGUAUAUAUACACGUAUAUAUAUAUAUCAGUGCGUUUAUUCUAUUGUGGUGUUAUGAAACUAAAUGGGAACUAGAUACACAAAGAAGCAAGCGCUGAGAAAGAAGCAUCUCUUACCUGCAUCACUACGCAACAAGAUACGAGAAUCUACUCUUCAAGUUUUUCGAGAUCGGCUGAAAUCUCCAGGGAAAGGUGGUGCUCUUUUGGUUGGAAACAGCACAAACCAAGCUGAAGACUGUUUGGUGUCCUCGGCACCAACAGCGAAAGAUAACUCUUCAUCCCCUGUUCCAUGCUCUGUAGAGGACCCCAUACCCCAAGAAUCAGUCAAUAAUUCCGACUCCAGUCUACAGUCAAUGGCCAAGAGGAAACGUGUUCGAGUAAAGAGGAAGAAUUUACAGAGAAACCAAUAUAAGAACACUGGAUGCUUAAAGAAAUACAUCUCUCAAAUGACUAAGAUUAACAACAUGGUUUCGUGCAACACAGCGUCACGACGGAUCAGGUCCCCUGAAAAGAAGAUCAGCAUAAUCGCUGAGAAUCGAAUCACGAAAUACCUGGGUAUCUUCAACAGAGGAAGGAAAUCGGAGAGGAUUGCACGCGUUUAUCCGCCGAUACCAAAGUCUGUCCAAGACAAAGCUGACUCUGAUCUCAAGAAGAUUCUCAACAUCACUUCCGACUCACAGGAUGUCAUCACCAUCACAGAGAGCGAUGGCAGUGGCCGGCAUGGUUACCAUGGUAACAGAGAGAUGAGUCAGGGUGCCAUGACAAUCCAGUUUGCCCAGAAAGCCAUGACGCCCACCACUGAGGGUGCAACUAAUACCUCCAAUCAUUUACCCGAAGAGAAAAAUGAUUUACCACAGCAAACACCAUACAAAGAAGUUGCCCAAGAUCUCCUCUCAACACUCCAUGAGAAAAAGAAACUUUUCAAUCAAGACCUCCGACUCACCAUCUCCACCCAACUGUACAACCUUCUGAGGCAAAGCAUCCAGCGCAGCCCGGUGUCAAAGCGAGAGACUGCGACAAAGUGCAACAGAACAACCAGCGAGACAACACCCCCGUCUGCACUCAACAAAGAGAAAUCACUGCCAUCUUCCACCCAACAUGGGCACAGUAAAACCCCUGCCCAGAAAUCCCCCUGCAUUGACCAGAUUUUACUGAACGCUUGUCCCCAGGACGAUGGCAGAUAUCUGCUGAUGAAAAACGACUACGUGAUCAAGAUCGAUGAAAACAUGAAUGGCAGUAAGAAGAGGAUCUAUCAGGCCAGCAGCAUUUUACCCUCCAGGGACAGACACGAGGAUGGCAGCUCAAUGCGUAGCACUGGUAAUAACAAGAGUCACUCCUGCUACUUGGACCCCAAGUAUGUAAGGACUCAAACCGAAUCCUACAAAAGUGUGAAGAGCUCUGUACCCUGGGACAAAGGGCUGAAGUCAGAGUUUAAUGUUCAGAAGAUUUGGAAGUCGAAAAAGCUUGUCGCAGACGUCGGUUUGGAUUAUGAGUGUGGUCAGAGUUAUGAAGGUAUGGAGUCAAGAGAAGGCAGUGGUCACCCUGGACACCAGUGCACAGAGACAGAUAUUUUCUCUCUCUACCCACAGAAAUUCGCAGAAGCAGGCAGCUACCCAGAGCAGAGUGGCGAGGGAGGCAGCUACCCCUGUCACCUGCACCAACCUACAAAGACAGACAGUUACCCACAGCAGAAAUCAGAAGUCAGCAGCUACCGUUGUCACGUGCACAAGUCUACAGAGGCAGACAGCUACCUACAGCAGUGUACGAAGACAGAUGAACACACACAUCCCACUCACAUAGGGUGUACAGAGGGGCCUGACUUCCUACAAUAUCUCGAACAGACCAGCCAAGGGACCAUAUCACCAGAGAGCAUUGCCACGACAGUCAACUACCAACUCCCGAAAUUAAAAUGGAACACCACAAUAUUCAAGGCUCCCACACCAGAUUCAGACUUGUCCCCUUUCUGGCUGUCAGAGCCCUCUCUUCCCCCUUUACCUACAAAACCCUCUUUAGACAACGUGGUCAGUCCUCCAGGUAAACUCUACCCGAGGAAGCUGUAUUGAUGUUGGCCUGGGGUCUGGGCAGAUGGUUUGUAAAUAAAUAAGAUUUAAAUAUGUGGUGGAUGGUGGGCAGAUAUGGAAUGUAGGCGAAUAUGAAAUGUGGGCAAGUACAGAAUGUGGACAGAUAUGGAAUAUUUAUAAAUAUGAAAUGUGAGCAAAUAAGGAAUGUGUUUAUGUUCUGAGUUCAAAUUCCACUGAGGUUGACUUUGCCUUUCAUUCUGGUCCCCCUUCCCAGAAACUGCUGGCUUUGUGCUAAAAUGGGAAACCAAUAUAGAUAAACACAGUGGUAGUGCUAAGGGGCACGGCUAGGGUAAAUGGUGCCCAGGGCCUCCACCAAAACGCAGCACAUGCAUUUUGUGAGGUCAAGAAAGAACACUCAUUCGGUCAAGUGGUGCGGAUGGCAACAAGCAUAACAAACGAAGCCUGCAAAGCUUUAAAAAAUUUUUGUUAAUGGCUUAAUUAGAAAAUAACGGUGGCCAAAAUUGCAUGGGCCCCGCUUUCCCCACUUAAACACCCCCCCACACACAUUAUAUAUAUGUAUAUAUAUUCUUUGAGGAAUUUGUUUGAUUUGUCUUCUCUUUUUCCUUCCUUCCAUCUUCCUCUUUCUUUCAUAUUUUUGCUAUUUCUCCUCCAUCCUCUCUCUCUCUCACUCAUUCAGUUAACCCCUAACACACAGACACCCAUGUAUAUUUACACACACACACAAGACACUGCAUUAAAAACUUCAAAUUGAUUUCUUGACAGUUGUAUCUAAUCAAUAAUAAAUGUGGAUCGUCUUUAAUGCAUCAGGUUU